AUGGGGAGGGAAGGCGUGGUGGCGGGGCCGGCGGCGGAGGGGAGUAAAUCGCGGCCGGAGUGCAUCAACUCGUCCAACCCGUACCACGAGUGCUCCGACUACUGCCUCCGCAAGAUCGCCGAGGCCAGGCAGCGCCUCGACGACGAGCUCUCCGACUCGUGGAAGCGCCCGCCCGAGCAACGCACCGUCCACCCGGACUGCAUCAACGCCUCCAACCCUUACCACGAGUGCUCCGACUACUGCUUCAGGCGCAUCGCCGACGCCAAAUCCGGACUCGAGCGUGGGGAGGGACAGCCACCAGCUGAUGUGGCCACCGCUGCCCGCACGUCCGAUGCCGUGGAGCAGCAGAGAGCUGAAGAUAACGAUGCCGACGAACAGGAGGGCGCAGGCGCGGAUGAUGGUUACCCGCAAAUGACGGAAAAGCAGAAGAAGCUGUUCGAGCUGCGGCUUAAGAUGAAUGAAGCGCGGAAAGCGAAUCAGCAGGCAAUGAUUGCCGAGAAGAAAAGGAUGGAGCCUCGUGGUGAGAGCCGAGGUGUUUCUAAGCAGAAGUGGCUAGACGACAGGAAGAAGAAGAUUGGGAAGCUGCUGGACUCCAAUGGGCUUGAUAUGUCGAAGGCGUACAUGCUCGAUACGCAGGAGACAGCAGAAGCCAAGUACAAGAAAUGGGAGAAGGAACCGGCUCCUUAUGGGUGGGAUGUUUUCAAUCAAAAGACCUUGUAUGAUGCAUACAAGAAGAGGACCAAGAAUAUAGAAGUUGACAUGGAGGUUUACAAUAAAGCCAAGGAAGCUGAUCCUGAAUUCUACCGUGAUGCCUCAAGUCUCCAGUAUGGGAAGGUGUCCAAUGUCCCAGAAGAAAACAUUGACAAAAUGGUCAAGGAACUCAAGGAGCGGGAAGAGAAGCGGAAAUCGUUCAGCAGGAGGCGCAAGUUCAACGAAGACAAGGACAUUGACUCGAUCAACGACCGUAAUGAGCACUUCAACAAGAAGAUUGAGCGUGCCUUUGGCAAGUACACGCUCGAGAUCAAGAACAACCUCGAAAGAGCUCUCCCACCGGCAGCUCGGCAGAAGCGAACCUUGACGACGACCUGCUGCUCUCCCACCGGCUCGGCAGAAGCCAACCUUGACGACGACCUGCUGGUGCUUGACGCAGAGUUUGUGCUUGUUGAUUUCUUCCUCGUCAGGUAUGCUGGUGCUGCUUCAUCAAUUCUUUAA